CUGUCCGUUCCGGUGAGCUGCAUACGUCUGACGUUCUGUGUUGUAAACAGCGGCGGUUUAGUUACAGAGCAUUUUUGUGUCAAACUACCUUAGAAGCUUAAACGCUUUCAAAGUCUACAUUUAUAACACCUCGGAACAGGGGAUGGGAGUGGACCACCCGGAUCCAGAGGAGGCAGUCGGCCGGAGGGUCUCCUGCGACGAGGAGCGGGCCACGGUGCUGUAUGUGGGCCCGGUGCCCCCCACUGCAGGGCUGUGGUAUGGUGUUGAGUGGGAUAACCCGGAGAGAGGGAAACACGACGGCAACCACGAGGGAGUUCAGUAUUUCACAUGCAGACAUCCCACAGGAGGCUCCUUCGUCCGUCCAGGGAAGGUGAGCUUUGGAGUGGAUUUCCUGACCGUCGUGCGACAGAAGUACACUUUCGACACCGAGGAGGUGCUGAGUCAGGAGAUCUUCAUCUUCUCCAAGAUAUUCAACUGGGGGAAAGCCAAGGAGCGCAGUUACGAGAACCUGCCCUCAGUGUUGCUGAAUCGCUGUGAAGUGAACGGGGCCGGGGCUGAAGGAGAAAUCAGGGAAACAACGCCGAACGUGCAGUGGUUGGACCUGUGCGGCACUCUGCUGUCCUGCUGGGAGGACGUGGCGGCCAUCACUCAGCAGCUGGAACAUCUGGAGGGACUGCAGCUCAGCAACAACCGCCUGCGUCUGCCCUCUGACGUCCCGGCUCUCUGCCAGGCUUUCUGCAACCUCAGAGCCCUCGCACUCAACAAUUGCAACCUCACCUGGACACAGAUCCUGGAGUGCGCUCCCAUGUGGCCGCAGCUGGAGGAGCUCAGUUUAGAAGAAAACAACAUCACAGAGCUGCAGAGGCCUGAAGGAGUGCUGCAGACGCUGAAGAAUCUCAACAUUUCCUCGAACCCUUUGGAGCAGAACACUGCGCUCAGUGUAGCUGCUCUGCCCAGACUGGAGCAGUUAAAUUUGUCCAAAACGGGCCUGUCGGACAUCAGAUUUGACGAUGCUGCUCCUGGAUCUCAGACAGACAUCUUCCCGGCGCUGAAGAAUCUCAGGCUGGACUACAACAACAUCACCGAGUGGGGCGUCAUCGAUGAGUUGGGGAAGCUCCGCAGUCUGGAGAUCUUCUGCUGCCGGGGGAACCAUCUGGUGAGCAGCGACGGAAACCCCAGUACAGCCAAUCAGCUGCUGAUAGCCAAACUGGGAAAACUGAAGGUCCUCAACCACUGCGAGAUCCUCGUUGACGAAAGGAAGGGGGCGGAGCAGGACUACAUCAAGAUGUUUGGGUUGGAGUGGCUGCAGGCGGGCGGGGGCAGCGAGCCCAGCAGAGAGUUCACCCGUCAGCACCCCCGAUACCUGAGCCUCAUUCAGAAGUACGGCGCUCCAGAGGAAGGCAUGCUGAAGAAGUGGGUGCCGUUAGCCCUGAAGAACCAACUGAUGAAGAUUACAUUUGUGUUUCCUGACGACCCCGACCGGAAGCAGAUUGAGAAGAAACUUCCAUCCUCCAUGGAAGUUCAGAAGGUGAAGGCUCUGAACAGACUGCUGAAGGUUCCUCCUGCAGAUCUGAAGCUCACCUACACCACCCCCAAGAAACUGGGGACCGAGUAUGAGAUCCACAGCGACCUGAAGACCCUGCAGUUUUACUCCAUAGAGGACGGAGACCAGGUGCUGGUGCGCUGGUCCUGAAGCUGAAGAACCGGCCCGGUCUGCAGCGGACAGAACCGAACAGAAGCCCAGGGACUGAAGCUGAACUUCAGACUGUGUGUCUCCCCUUGGAGAAACUGACAGACUCACACUGAGAGCUGGAGUCACUCCAAAACCACUCCCCAACUGGACCUUUGAACGGCACACCGAGUCAAAACACUGCUUUGAAAAACGCAUGGCGACGUGUCCACUGGGACUUCAUUCAGAAUCAUCAAAUAGUCAAAGUGACAGCCGACUAAAUGAACCUCUUUCCUUCUUUAGCGCUGCUUUUCUUUCCUCUGCUGGGGAGCCACAGCUUCACGCUCUCCACAAAUGUUAAAAUAAAUAUUCUGAAAGUAGUCCAUGGUGUUUUUCUGAUCGACGAAAACUUAAGUUUGGUUGUCCACAAUUGACCGGACUUCUUUCGAUGGAUAAGAGAUGCACAUAGUACCUUGAUCUUCCUGAGCAACGGUCUUGUUAUCCUUAGCAACGGUGUAUUAACAACCUCAUUGGCUCAGUCAGGUCACAGGUACAAGUCCCCAAACAGACCUAAAAAAAUAUGGAGUGUGGACCGCUACAUGGAGAGGUCCCAGUUCUCCUCCCGGCCCCUGUGGUGCCCAUGAGCAAGGCACCAGACCCCCCCCCCCCUCCAUUGCUCCCCGAGCGCUGUACUAUAGCUGCCCACUGCUCCUGGUCCCAGGAUGGGUUAAAUGGCACUGUGUGCAUGUAUGUGUGACAAAAAAAAAGGGUUUCAUCUUC